AUGAAAAAAGUUCUCCAAAAUGAAGUUCCAGUUUCUCCGGUGGCCAAAGAGUUGUUUGAUCAAUGUAUGUCUCAUCUGCUCCAAUACCUGAAAACCAAUCAGUACAAUUUAGACUGUUCAGAGGCUCCUGUUUAUGCCGGGGAUGUGACGCCAUGGACUCCUUACAAAAAAGAGUGCCCUUGUUACCUGAUACAAAUGAAAGUAGGAAAACUGCGUGGGACGUACGUCGAACCGGGCUAUGUGGUUUUUCCACUGUCGGUCAAAAAGGACAAAAAAGUGAUCAAAGUGUAUAAACUGGACUUAAGAUCUGAUGAUAAACUACAUUUAAGUCCGAAGAAAAUGUACAAAGCAGUUUUUCUCGUUUUUGAAGCUGCUAUAGUUAAACUGAAAAAGUCAUUAGCAAAGAGCAAAAGUACGCUGACAACUGUUAGCAAUCACUCGACAGAAACUACGAAGCCAACGAAAACCGACAAACCAGCCAUUGUACCAAAUAUUUAUCUUAAGACAAGAGACAAGGACCUUUGUCUUGUGAUGUCACUUCCGGGAGGAAAUGAGGUAGAGUUAAUUCCCACCAUCACAGUGUCUCCAGACGGUCCCUUUAUUGUUGCCAAGCCGUUUGAGCACGAUGAAAACCCGGCUUCAGAUAUGCUGUGGCGCACAAACUUUUCUCCGAACGAAGAGCAUAUAUUGAACGCUGUCACAAAUGGGGAUCGCGAACAACGAAUCAAUGCCGCCAAAAUAUUAACAUUUAUGUGCCAAAAAGAAUGGAAACUUAAUCACGUGACGGCAUACCAGGUAAAAAAUAUACUUAUGCAUGAAAUAGACUUCCAAAUUGACCAUUCUCCAAGAUGGCAGCGAUUUACUCCAGAAGAAUGUGUGCACUUAAUUUUGUUGAAAAUGCUCGAGUUUUCCAGGGAUCGAUUUUUGCCUCACUUUUUCGAGGAAGACCUUAACCUUUGGGGACAUCUCACAGACAGACAGUUCCGGUUUAUGUGUAAUGAACUUGAACAACUCACGCGAGACGACGAUGAGAUGUUAAAAGUCAUAGUCGAAUCAGAGUAG